AUGCUCGCUACGCACCAGGAAGCAAAGCAAUCUUGUGAGGGUGUGCGCGGUGGAAGCGAGGAGGCGCCCGGGGAUUUGCGCCCUCAGCCACCCCAACAGGAGCCCUUGCACGGGGACAGUCCCACAGAGCCGGCCAGCUGCCUCGGUAAUCUGGUGGAACGCAUUCUUGCCGCUGGCGCCUGCGACGCCACGGCGUCCCAAGUGGCUUCCUGCGGCGAUCUGGUUUCCGGCGCGAACACCCCGCAGGAGCCUGCGGAGUCCGUCGCUUUGGACUACGCCAAAUCCGCCGGUGCAGUGCACCACGACAAAAUCCUCCUACAUAUGCGGCGAAUGCCGGUUGCUUGCCACACUGUAAACUGGUGGGUGGCAUUCCCCAAGCAACAGGCACGCCGGGCUUGGCAUCGGCCGAGCCACCGCCUCUCGCGCAACGUUCGCGCGAAGAGUUCCGCUGGGAGCAGUGUUGGGGCCCCUUCCUGUUCAUCAACGCCACGGGCUUACUCACAGUGCCCAUCUUGCUGCAGCGCUUUUGUCCGCCAUGGCUUCUUCACCGAUGGCAGCGCCCCCACCACGCGCCACAUCGGUAGGUGUGUCCUCCACUCGGCCCCGCAGGAAGGCCUGAAUGUCGCGGCGGAGUGGGCC